UCUCACUUCCAAUUCACCCAAAACCACAAUGACAACCUCCACCCUUCCCACUUUCCUUCUCUUGGCUAUUCUUUUUCACUCUACCAAUGCAGCCGUGUUCACUAUUCGAAACAACUGUCCAUACACCGUUUGGGCUGGUGCGGUGCCUGGUGGCGGCCGACAACUUAACUCAGGCCAAACCUGGUCUUUAACCGUCGCAGCUGGCACAGCAGGAGCCCGUAUAUGGCCCCGAACCGGUUGCAACUUUGAUGGCUCCGGGCGUGGCAGGUGUCAAACCGGUGAUUGCAACGGUCUCCUCCAAUGCCAAAACUAUGGUACCCCACCCAACACACUGGCCGAGUACGCUUUGAAUCAGUUCAACAAUCUUGAUUUCUUUGACAUUUCUCUUGUGGACGGAUUCAACGUGCCGAUGGUAUUUAGACCCAAUUCUAAUGGGUGCACCCGUGGUAUCUCCUGUACCGCGGAUAUCAAUGGCCAGUGUCCUGCUGAGUUACGGGCUCCUGGCGGGUGCAAUAACCCUUGCACCGUGUACAAAACUGAACAGUAUUGUUGUAACAAUGGACCUUGUGGGCCAACUGAUUUAUCAAGGUUUUUCAAACAGAGAUGCCCCGAUGCUUAUAGUUAUCCUCAGGAUGAUCAAACUAGCACAUUUACGUGCCCUGGUGGAACCAACUACGACGUUAUAUUCUGCCCUUGAUCGAAGCCAUUUGAUUAUAUGAUCAAAUUAAAAAGGAGUUCGAAAUAAAUGGAGUGAUAUAUAGUGAAUAAGUAAUGGAGAUAGUCUAGUUAUAAGGCUUUCCUCAUUGUAAUACAAUAAUGUUGUAAUUUGUCACAAUAAAUGGGUAUAUAUGAUUAUUAAUGAUAUAUGAGUUUCAUAAUGUC